AUGGAAGAUUCUGACUUUACGAAAACCUUACCAAAAACCUCAUCUUGUCUAGAAUCUGAUAUAAAAAAUUCCCCCCAUUCUCUUCAACUGAACUUAAGUACUAAUAGAAGUAGUCCCCACCUGAGGACAAAUGGGGUGUCCUCAUUCUCAGGGAAGACCAGACCAUCUGUCGUCCAAGGUACAUUUGAGGUCCUGUCGUCUUUAAUGCAAGAGCUACAAAACGGUGGAGAGACUGACUCAGAACUUUGGGAAAACUCUGAGUGGCUACAGUUAUUCAGUUUGGUGGAAAAACAAUGUCAAGAACAAAUCGUCGCCCAGCAGGAACAGUUCCACAACCAAGUUCAACAUAUACAGGAGGAGAUCAGAAAUAUAGUCAAGUUACAGACCAGCAAUGCUUUCUGGGCUUCCUUUGAUAGUUCUUUAAACAGACAAGUAUUUUCAGAAAGUCCAAUGGGUUUUUUUUCUGAAAACAGCAAGAGAAAUGAAUCUGUCAUCAGCUACCCUAAGUCCAGAGAACCUGAAAUGCAGCAAGAAACCUCUACAUCCCAGCCAGACUGCAGCGUGGACAGCAGCUCCUUGAGCAGCGGGUAUGGUACCUUCAGUGUCUCCGAGUUAAACACCUGCAAGUCUGAGGACCAUAAGGAGUACAUGGAGCACAGAGAAUGUGUCCCGGGAUCACAUGGGACCCUGGCAUUGCAGGUCCAGCCACUCCCGGAGGCCGCCAAAGCCAAGAAUUGUCACUUGCAGGCUACCGAUGGUUUGUGCACAUCUUUAAAGGAAGAUACUUCCAUUUUCCAUGGUGAAUUUCAACAUACUUCUCUUGGUGAAAAGAUUUCUGAAGUAUACAGUGGAAAAACAAGCAGUAAAUCUGUGACAUCAUGGGCUGAAAAGCUGAAGCAGAACCAACCAAAGAGCGUACACACAGAAGAUUCAAAACCAACACGUGAGGGCGAGCAGGCCAGGAAAUUACCCACAGGGAAGUCUGUUUUCACUGUUGCUGCUGGUCCACAUGCUUUUUACCUUGGUAAGCCAGAGGGAAGCCCACAGUCUUGGACGUCUGAUUCAGGAGCAGUCUCCUCUGGCGGUGUGUCCACACUAGGACUGACCUACUGGGCAAAGGAAAAGAGCCACAUGCGUCCCUGUCUGCCCCGGACAUUAGAGGAGGCUUCUGUGCCACCUUCCGAGGAGCUCUCUGCGAGCCAGUUUAAUACUGGUAAUGAGAUGACGCUACCAUCCCUGAAGGAAAUUUAUCAUAAAAAACAAAGGGAAAACAAGCAGUUCCCUGAGAGGACUCUCACUUCUUCCAACCCAAAUCAUCCACCAGAGGUACUAACUUUGGACCCAAUGAUACACAUGAAGCCACAGCAGCGGGGGGCGGGAACUGAGCCCCCAGACUUCAGGGAUGCUCUUGAUGCCAGGACAGCCUUCUCACCAGACUCUGUUCUAGAGCCUAGCUUGUCUAGCCACUCUGAUAUAGACUCAUUUUCACAAGCAACUAACAUCACUUCUCAGUUACCUGGAUUCCCAAAAUAUUCAAAUUCAAAAGCUUUGCCAGCGGACUCCUGGAAAACUCUUGGGUUCCAAAACGAAAGCAGGACCAGUUCCCCAUUUCCUUCUGCGUACACCAUCACUGGUAGUGACAUCUUGGUCAACACCAUGGAAGAAGGAGACACUGUCAUGGUAACUGCAGCCUCAGUAGGUCAGUCCCAGCUUCCAGGUACAGCCAACAGUGCCCCAGAAUUCGUUUCAUUGACUUCCCUGGAAGAUCCUGUCAUAAUGUCUAAGAUUAGACAGAACCUCAAGGAAAAGCAUGCGCGACACGUAGCAGAUCUUCGUGCUUAUUAUGAAUCAGAAAUAAAUAGUUUGAAACAAAAGUUGGAGACUAAAGAAAUUUCUGCAGUUGAAGAGUGGAAGAAAGCCAAUCAGAUUCUUGUGGACAGAUGUGGCCAGUUGGACAUUGCUCUUAGUGAAGCUACUAGUCGUGUGAGAACUCUUGAAAAUAAGAAUAACUUACUGGAGAUAGAAGUGAAUGAUUUCAGAGAACGCUUCAGCGCAGCCAGCAGUGCCUCCAAAAUUUUACAGGAACGAAUUGAGGAAAUGAGAACAAGUAGUAAAGAAAAAGAUAGCACCAUCCUACGAUUAAAAUCUAGACUGCAGGAUUUGGAAGAAGCUUUUGAGAAUGCUUAUAAGCUCUCAGAUGAUAAAGAGACUAGAUUAAAACAGGAAAACAAAAUGUUUCAAGAUCUCCUGGGAGAAUAUGAGUGCCUUGGGAAAGAACACGAAAGAGUCAAGGAUACAUUGAACACAACUGAGAACAAACUGCUUGAUGCUCACACUCAGAUCUCUGACUUGAAAAGAACAAUUUCAAAACUUGAAGCUCAGGUCAAGCAAGUAGAGCAUGAGAGUAUGUUAAGUCUUCGUCAUGAUUCUAGAUCUCCCACGAGACCCUCACAUGCCAAUACGCUGGCCACCACAGACGUCACCAGGCGCAAGUGGCUGAUCCCAGGGGCCAAGUACUCCAUCUUCACCGGCCAGCCCUUGUACCCCCAUGAGUGCAGAGUGGACCACCAACUGGAGGAACCCUGCAUUCCUGGGCACCAUUCUACUUCGGGAAAGGAUUUUUCGUCUGGAAUUUCACCAACAAGCUUAUUGGUAAAGAAACAGAGAGAGACUUCAGAUACACCAAUAGUGAAAGCUUUAAAAGAAUUUAAUGAAGAAAAAAUAUUUAAAAACUGGGGCACACAGACAGAAAAAGAGAGCACUUUUCACAAAUUAGCAAAUUCCCGGGAAACUGAAACUUCAGUUAAUGAAAGUCGGUCCCCUGAGAAAUGUGCCCAGCAGAGGCCAAAGAAAUUUAAUUCUGCCUCGCAAAGAUCAUCCUCCCUACCACCUUCAAACCGUAAACCCAGCACUCCAACAAAAAGAGAGAUUAUGUUAACACCAGUGACUGUGGCUUAUAGUCCAAAGCGAUCCCCUAAAGAAAAUUUGUCCCCAGGAUUUAGUCAUCUGCUUAGCAAAAACGAAAACAGUCCAGUCCGAUUUGAUAUACUUUUGGAUGAUUUAGAUACUGUUCCUGUGAUUCCUUCACAACGUACCAACCCAAGAAAGCAAUUCCAGUUUCUUCCUGUAGCUGACUCAGAAGAAAAACAAUAUUCAGAAAAAGUCGCCACCAUCCCUGUUGGUCACGGCUGUUUCCCUGAAGCGCCGCUGAGUGAGGUGAAGGCAGCAUCUGUUUGCUCAGCAUGGGAGAGGAAUAAGCUGGACAGCUGCGAGCUGGUUAGGCCUGAGGUGGCGGCACAAGGUGGUGACUUUGAAUAUACAGCAAAAAUUAGGACCCUUGCUGAAACAGAGCGUUUUUUUGAUGAACUUACAAAAGAAAAAGAUCAGAUUGAGGCAGCACUGAGUCGAAUGCCUUCUGCUGGAGGACGCAUCACUUUGCAGACAAGAUUAAAUCAGGAAGCCCUAGAAGAUCGUUUGGAAAGGAUUAAUCAAGAACUGGGUUCUGUUCGAAUGACGUUAAAGAAGUUCCAUGUUUUGCGCACUUCUGCAAAUCUUUGAGAUUUGUAACCAUUAAAUUUUGAGACAUUUUGUUUGCACUAAUGUAUAAUUAUGCACUCAGAAAAGACACUAUUUUGUACUGUUUGUAAGCCUUUAAGGGGUGGUUUUAUAAUCAUGCUAUUCUUACACAUACUAUUUUAUACUUCAAAUGGCCACAUAUUUUCAAGAUAUUUUUGUUAUGCUCAGGAAUCUCUUGUAUAUUUUACUAUUUAAAAAGUUUUAUUUUUAAAUAGUACAUGUCUCCAAUUUAUAUCAAGAAUAAGAAAAUGUAAACAGAAGGCAGCUUGUUUCUAAAUGAAUAGUAUUACUCUUUUACAAUGAAUUUUGCACACCAGUUUUAUAAACUUGUUCUAUAUUGUGAAUAUGGUUCUUUUUAAAAAAUAAAUGCUAAGAGCAGCUUAGACUAGAACAAGCUGAAUGCAAAAGAAAAAAAUUACAGCACACUCUUGAGUUUUAACUGCCUAGUUGUUCAAAAAACUUGAAAUCUCAACCUUAGAGUGAAUAUUGGAAUCAUAAUAAUGGAAAUAUUGGAAGUAAUGGAAUACUGAAAAACUUCUAUAUGAUAACACCUUUUGUUUCCUUUAAGCUUCAUUAUUUAUAAGGAAAGAAAAGUUCUCUCAUUUUGUCAUACAUACAGCACCUUUUGGGAAAAGUUGGCCAAGUGGAGAGCUGUAGCUUUCUGCCCACCCUGAGUGUAUCUUGCCACCCACCCUGGCCAGUAAGUUGGCUGACCAAGCUUUGGUGACACACAGGCCACCACCUAGUGCUGGUUUCCUUGUGUACUUGACCUCGUCUGUCAGUCAUGUUGGCAUGCAGACAUUAUAAGCCCCUCUGCACCCAUUCCACCCCUUUCAAAUAGAAGAAGAAACUGCCCCCCACCAGGUUCAGUGGGACACCAGGUUUGGGUCAGAGCCCCAGCUCAGCUUAUUAAGCCCAGGCCAUGUGAGGGGCUCAGGCUUGCUGCCUUUGCUCAACCCUGCUAUAGCUUCAUGCCCACUGCUGGGGCAGCACCUCCUGGCUCUCCUGGUAGGUGUGUGGCCAGUUUGCUGGUCAGGCCCAGCGCAUAGACCUGCCCACUUUUUGGUGCCCAGUCAGAGCCAGUGCCCCCAUACCCAAACUGGGUACUUGAACAAGCUCAUUCCUAACAUUCACAGUUGAUUCCACUGAAAAUGCUCAGGGUGUAAGUUCUGGUUUACCUUUGAGCUACUGCACCUUUGGACAUGGCUCUUACUAGCAUGAACCUGCUGGGGACUCAUAACCCUUUACCAAAGCUUCCCUGGCCGAUCUCCAUGCUCCCUUCUCACCUGGAGAGGUGCCUAUAGCCAUGCUCCCUUCUCACCUGGAGAGGACUCUCAGGGAGAAGGGGAACUAACAGCUACCUCCCUGGCACUUUCCACAUAACUUUGCUCCCAGCUCCUAAAAUCAGUUGAAGACAUUGGUCUGAUCAAAAUUACUUGUCAAUAUAAUCAAGUGCCUUUAUUGUUGGUAGUUUACCCUAGCUUUUUCUUUUCUCCCAGUCACCUAGUUGUAGUAAGGAAGUUUAUUUUGAUUGAGCCUCAGAGCUUUGUCAAGACCUGAUGAGGGGAGUAACUUUCCGGUGAUAAUCCCUUUGAUGUGUUCUUGUAUGUGACAUUAAAAGCUAAACUGGUAUCUUGUUCCUAUGUUUAGUAUAAAACCUGUUACAGUCCUAAGAAAAGGAAAUUGCCACUUCAGAAGAGAUGAUAGUUUUAUCUUGUCAAGGAAUUAUCUUUUUAGUAGUCUGUAUUGGCUUAUUUGAGAAAUGAUAUGAAACCCUAUCAAAAAUGUGUGCCUCUUGCAGAUGCUUUGAUUGUUUGAAGUGUUUAGUAGUAGAUUGGAGGUAUCCAUUACUUAUUUAAAGGAUGGAACUUUUUUUUCUCCCUAGCCAUGAACAGGGAAGCCAAGGGAAAUCCUUGCAGUGCUCUGCUGUGGUCACACUGAGCUCAUGACCACUGGACUUAAAAAGAGCUGUAAAAGCAGGAAAGGCAGUUGUUACCCGAAGGCGGGAACCUGCUUUCAUUGCCAGCUGUGCCCAAGAUGCAGUUUGUGAUUCUUCCACAUCUGAAAGUGCCUCUCUACGUGCAGAUGGAGUUAAUGCCUUCCUCACGCUCGCAUUUAUCCCUUCCUUUCCCCUCUGAAGGUUCCUGAGGUGGAGGAACUUCUUCCCAUCCUCCUUCCUCCAGUUAAAACUUAAAUGUCCCCAUGCAGGCAGUAGUAGCUGCAGGUAAUGUGUGCUGACUGCAGCUUCUUGUGAAGGAGGUAGAGAGCUGGCACCCCUGGCGGUGGGCUGCCUUCCUCCAGUAAGUGAUAAAGUACAGGGACUAGACACUUCCAUUAGGGGACAUGAUGUCAAGUACCUGGUGUCCGCAAAUUCCCAUAAGUAGUACAUUUCAUGUUCUGUGUUAAAUAGGCUCUUGAAGUAGUGAUUUAGUACUUUUUAAAAAUAGAAUAGUUUGUCCUCAACAGGUGACUUUAAAAAACAUAACCUGGCCCUCCCUG